AUGUCAUUAUCAAAUAAAUUAUCAGUUAAAGAUUUAGAUCUUACUGGAAAAAGAGUAUUUAUUAGAGUUGAUUUUAAUGUACCAUUAGAUGGUAAAACUAUUACAAAUAAUCAAAGAAUUGUUGCAGCAUUACCAACUAUUAAAUAUGUUGAAGAACAAAAACCAAAAGCUAUCAUAUUAGCUUCUCAUUUAGGUAGACCAAAUGGUGAAAAAAAUGAUAAAUAUUCCUUAAAACCAGUUGCAACUGAAUUAGAAAAAUUAUUAGGUAAAAAAGUUAAUUUCUUAAAUGAUUGUGUUGGACCAGAAGUUGAAAAAGAAGUUAAUUCUGCAAAAGAUGGUGAAAUCUUUUUAUUAGAGAAUUUACGUUUCCAUAUUGAAGAAGAAGGAUCAUCAAAAGAUAAAGAUGGUAAAAAGACAAAAGCUGAUCCAGAAGCUGUUAAAAAAUUUAGAAGUGAAUUAAGUUCAUUAGCUGAUGUAUAUAUUAAUGAUGCUUUUGGUACUGCUCAUAGAGCUCAUUCAUCAAUGGUUGGUAUUGAUGUUCCACAAAAGGCUGCUGGUUUUUUAAUGUCAAAAGAAUUAGAAUAUUUUGCAAAAGCUUUAGAAAAUCCAAAAAGACCAUUUUUAGCUAUAUUAGGUGGUGCCAAAGUUUCAGAUAAAAUUAAAUUAAUUGAUAAUUUAUUAGAUAAAGUUGAUUUAUUAAUUAUUGGUGGUGGUAUGGCUUUUACUUUUAAAAAAGUAUUAGAUAAUAUGCCAAUUGGUAAUUCACUUUAUGAUGAAGAUGGAGCAAAAGAUGUUAAAGAUUUAGUUGCAAAAGCUAAAAAAAAUAAUGUUGAAAUUAUUUUACCAGUUGAUUUUAUAACUGGUGAUAAAUUUGAUAAAGAUGCUAAAGUUGGUGAAGCAGAUGAUAAAGAAGGUAUUCCAGAAAAUUGGAUGGGUCUUGAUUGUGGUCCAAAAUCAAGAAAAUUAUUUGAUGAUGCUGUUGCAAAAGCUAAAACUAUUGUUUGGAAUGGUCCACCAGGUGUUUUUGAAUUUGAUAAUUUUGCAGGUGGUACUAAAAAUUUAUUAGAUGCUGCUGUAAAAUCUGCUGAAAAUGGUAAUAUUGUUAUAAUUGGUGGUGGUGAUACUGCUACUGUUGCUAAAAAAUAUGGUGUUGUUGAUAAAUUAUCACAUGUUUCUACUGGUGGUGGUGCAUCUUUGGAAUUAUUAGAAGGUAAAGAAUUACCAGGUGUUGCUGCUCUUUCUAAUAAAAAUUAA